AAAAUUUCUUGGAUGCAUAAACCAUAAAAACAUCCAGGCCACUAAUAGAAACUGUGAAGUGACUGCUGAUGUGAGACAUGAUGGGUCUGAACCACUUGUAGAUGUUAUGUUUGCUGAUGGAGAGCGAUUGAUAAUGAAGGGAGCCAACUUGACGACAGUAGAAAUGUUAACGGCAUUGGGGUCCAGAUGUAAUGCAAAAGAGCUUAAGGAAGAACAGAAAAGCAAGAAGAAGAGUCCCUGA